GCCCCUGAACCCGAUGGCGGCGCCGCAGCCGGAUCGAUGGGCAUGGGUACUCUACGCCGGCGACCGGCUCUGGCAUCAGCGUCUGGUGUUGGGUCACUUGCGGUCACGGGCACUGAAUCCGAUUGAACCUUUGAGGCUCGUGAUAUGUACUCCAGACGGCGACGUGUACGAUGAGGACUACUCGGGCCAGUCCGCUGACAUCGCCGCGGUCCGAUUUUGCGCAGACCGAGGUCGGCCUCCUGGCAUCGCGGCCGCUGACAGCUACCGCUUCAGGCGGGCCCCGACAGCUGCGGAGGAGACCGCCUUUGAGACGGCGGGCGAGGCCUACGCGGCGGCGGUGCUCGCAGCCGAGGCGGCCGCGGCCGGGCGGGUCUUCGCGGCCCCUGCUGCCGGGUGCUUGGUGCCCUUCGCCGCGGGAGGCGGCCCCGCUGGCGCGCCCGCGGCGGCUGGCGCCGCGCCCCGCGACCAGAUCGCGGCUGCCGCCGGCGCGGCGCCUCUGGCACCCGCGGCGGGUGUCGCCGGCGUGGCUGCCGCCCAGUGGGUAGCGGUGGAGAGCACGACCUUCGCCAAGCGUGGCGGUCCUGUCGCGCUCCCGGCGAACGCUAUCGCGCACGGCGACCUCGCCAUCAUGCAGGCGCCCGGCGGACUCAGUGUCGUGGUCAGGUACAUCCAGUCCAUGGACGCGGCCGAGUUCGCAGCCCUGGAGGCGGUGCGGGACCCUCGCAUCCUGAGCGGCUCGGCCUACGUCUUGGCCCGGCCUCGUCGCGGCUGGAGCGACGUGUGCAAGGAGCUCGAGGAGAUCGCCUACCCCUCGUGGACGGUACCAGGGCCCCGCACGGUGAAGUGGCGUGCGGAGUGGCUCGACAGGCGGUCGUCUACACCCGUGGCGCACCAUCGGCAGUUCGUGAGCGUGUUCGGGCUGAAGCCAGACUCGUGGGGGGUCGAGAUCCACGGCGCCGCGUUGCGCGUGCUGGAGGAGGCGGCCGUCUACGACGGGGUGAACAUCUGUGAUCUGGCGGGCAUCGAGUCGCUCCUGCGCAAGGCUCAGCUCUCAGAGUACGUCUAUUGGAUGGACUCCAUGGGGGCCGCCGAGAAAGCGGGGAAGGACAAGAAGCCCAACGCCUCGACAGUGACCUUCGUCGGCCUCAUGGACGAGGCAGCCAUCUUCUCCGGCCUCAACAAGGACACGGGUUCGGCCAUGGUAUGUCCGGCUCUGCUGGAUCACGUGGCUCGCGAGGUCGAAAAGGAUGCCGCGAUUUUGAAGCAAGUUCGGAAAGCCAAGGCCGGCCUGGUGGUGCGGGGGUUAGAAUGCAAAGCGACGGUUGGGAUCUUCGCCGUUUACAAAAAGUCAGGGAAGCUUCGAGUCAUUAUUGACGGUCGUAUCUCGAGCUGCUGGUUCGACGACUCCGAUGCCGUGCACUUGGCAAGUGGGUCCUCGUUCGCAUCCAUAUCUGUUGACUCUAAGGAUCCCAUCUGUGUCGGCGGCGUCGAUGUGGCCAACGCAUUUUACAACGUCGCCCUGCCUGAGGGUCUCCAGGAGUUCUUCGGUCUUCCCAGGAUCCGUGCUGGACAGGUUGGAGCAUCUGAUGUGAAGGGGGCCCUGGUGACCCCCAACACCUACAUCGUCCCCCUCUUCACCGCGAUCCCUAUGGGUUGGAAGCUCUCAUUGUGGCUAAUGCAGCGUGCCCUGGAGAUCCUCUCGAGGCGGGCCCCGGGCAUCGAGGAGGCGAAUGCCCUGUUCGACGGACGCCCUGCCCCGCCUCUGACGCCGCUGAUCCACACAGAGUACGUCGAUAAUUUUAUCGCUCUCAGUCAGUGUCAGCGGGCCUCCGGAGAUGCUGCCCGCGCCGUCUCCUCAGAGCUCACGCGUGCCCGUCUGCCUGUGCACCCGGUGGAGGACACGAGGGGAGGGGCGACCCUGGGGUGGACUUUCUCGGAUGACUCGGCCGAGGUCGGAGUCAACCCUGCUACCUGCUGGAAGCUUCGUCUGGGGUUCCAGGAGUUCGCUCGUCGGACGUGCGCUUCGGGAAAGAUUGUCGAGAUCCUCGUGUCCCACUUUACCACCCGUGCCCUGGUUAGGCGCGAACUCUUGUGCGUGUUCAAUGCCGCCUACUCGUUUAUAGAGCAUGCGGGUGAUUCUGCGGUGCCACUCUGGCCCUCGGUGAAAAGAGUGUUCACGUGGGCCAGCCACCUCAUCGUCGCCUCGCGUGACCUGUCUGCUCCGUGGGCCUCCGAGGCCCUGGUCCCUGCUCCGCCGCGGCGCGCGGAUGCUCCUGUGACCUGGAGCGCGGCUGCUUGCGCCGCCCGCGAGCGUCGCGUCCGCUCCGCCGGUCGCGCCCUCGGGGACGCCUUCGACGGCUUCGGCCCCUCUGGCGACGUGGACUCGGACAGCCAGGACGGGCGUCCUUGUGGUGUGGAGCCGGGGGCCGCGCUGGUGGCAAGCUCCGCACGAGCCCGAGCAUCCAUCCACGACCUCCUCUUCCACGGCGAGGUGGUAGACCUCGUGGCGGCGCUGCUUGCAGCGCUCAUGGUCUACACUCCUCGUGUGACUCGGCGGACCCCGGAGCUCCCUCGGGCCCGCUGGGCCCCGGCGGGCUUCGGGAAGCUCACGUCGCCCCGGACGCGACCUCCCUGGCCGUGGUCGAUGGUGGCGCUGAUCUUCACCGAGCUGCUGACCCUGGGCCCGACCGAGGCGGCCCCGAUGACGCCCCUGAGCUUCGUGUUCCACUGCCGCCCCUCGGAGCUGCUGAGGAUCCGCUGCCGGGACCUCAUCGCGCCGCCCCGCGGCGACCCGGCCGCCCUGCAGAAGUGGGACCUCCUGAUCAACCCUCUCGAGGGCGAAGUGCCGAGCAUAACUGCCGUGUUCAACGAGAGCCUCCUGCGCGACAGCGUCGAGAUUGCCUGGGUCAUCCAGGCCCCCAAGGUGAUCAAGCGCCGAGGCCUGCCCCAGCAGACCGUGAUCGCGCCGCCGCUGUCCGCGCAGGCGCCGCUCCCCCUGUAUCAGCUCAGACACAAUGGCGCCAGCCGCGAGACUCUCGGCGGCGGCCACGGCACGACCGGAGUGAAGAAGCGCGGCCUGUGGCAGUCAGACGCUUUCCUCCACCGGUGCGUCAAGGCCGGCCGCCUGAACGAGCUGCUGCAGCGCCUCGACGUUCCCGUGCGGCAGGCCGCCGCGGAGUGUGCCGAGCGACUGUCGUUCGUGAUCCUCGCACCAUCCCGAGCCUGCUUGUUGCGCCAGAGGAAGGGUUUGCACUAG